CAUAAACACUAAAAUAUCAUAAUUUUGAAAUUAUACAAAAACAUAUGUAAUGCAAAGUUGCACUCACAAUCACUUCUUUAAAUAGAAGGAAACUACAAAUACAUAAAACAAUAAAAUGCCUAACUACACAGGCUGUGAGUUUUGCAGAACUUUCAAGUUGGGAGAGUCUUCAUUCAAUUCUUGGUUGUCAGCCAUUGCCAAUUGUUACCCUUUCUAUACAAAGUCACAAAACAUUUCUGUUAGCAUACUCUCUCUUUCUUGCUUCACUAUAUAUAAUAGCACAGAAAAAGUUAUUCAAAUCAAAUGCAUUUCUCUAUGUUAGAACUUUAAGUGUUUGAGUUUGUGGCUUUCAACAUUUUGAAGCUUAAUGUGUCCAACACCACCAGAAUUUGGACCAGAGUCCUUAAGCGUUUGAGUCUGUUGCUAUAAGAUAAACCAAACAUAUACAGAGAAAUGUGAUGAUUUGACUCAAAGAAAUAUAGAACAAUAAUGAAAUGAAUGUACAAUAUCUAACACAAUGAACGCUUUUCCAUUAUAUAGUAGAACUGAAGAACUAAAAAGUAGCUUAUUGCUCUUGUUCUUCAAGAGCAUGCUCUAUCAAGUAUCAACCUUGUUCCCACCCUCUAAACCCAAACCAGCCUCUGCAUAACCCCAAACUCAUAUUCAAAAUUAAGCAAAUUUUUAUUUUCAUAUUUUUAAAAAGAAGGUCCUGAAUUAAUCUUUUACCACCUAUUCAUAAGUUUAUGAACACAAAGUAAGAUGCAAUUUAGUGAGAGUAUUCAAAUUUGGCUAGGCAUAGAAAGGGCCAAGUUAGCUAAAGCAAUAAAGAGAUUAUCAACACUAAUCCUCCCAACAUGAGAAUAAUCCAUCAUUUAGUUAAGUGCCUAAUUAAUUACUCUAAUAUACUAAGAAACUUGAUGAAGAGAAAGUUUAACUAACUAACUAACUAAAAACGGUUAGAAGAAGUUGGUUACAGUUUUUUGUGAAGCAAGCUUUGAAAUGAAACAAACAAGUAUACAUACACACUGAGAAUCCAUUAUUAAAUAUCUGAGUAUUGGAAGAAACCAUUAUUUUGCAUACUCUUUUAUUCUGUUUAUGUGAAAGAAGUUGAAAGAAAGCACAGAACACCAUGACUGGAUCACCAAGAUCAUCAAAGCCUGGAGGAUCACCGCGAUCACCAAAGCCUGAAUCAUCUUCACCAUCUUCAAAGCCUGAAUCACCGCCAUCAUCAAAGCCUGAAUCAUCUCCACGAUCAUCAAAGCCUGAAUCAUCUCCACGAUCAUCAAUGCCUGAAUCACCUUCAAGAUCAAAGCUGAUCGACAUUCCUCAAAGGAUACUACGAGAUUUCCAACUGGAAUCACCAUCAAAGCUUGGAUCGCCGCGAUCAUCAAAGCUUGAAUCACCUUCAAACAUUCCUCAAAGGAUUCAACGAGACUUCCACCUGGACUCACCAUCAAAGCUUGGAUCGCUGCGAUCAUCAAAGCCUGAAUCACCUUCAAACAUUCCUCAAAGGAUUCAACGAGACUUCCACCUGGACUCACCAUCAAAGCUUGGAUCGCCGCGAUCAUCAAAGCCUGAAUCACCUUCAAACAUUCCUCAAAGGAUUCAACGAGACUUCCACCUGGACUCACCAUCAAAGCUUGGAUCGCCGCAAUCAUCAAAGCCUGAAUCACCUUCAAACAUUCCUCAAAAGAUACAACGAGACUUCCACCUGGAAUCACAUGGACAUCAUCCACCAUCAGAUUCUCCAAUUCGACGAGAAACACCUCAACCACUUCCAACUUUUCUAUCAUCCGGUAACUCGCCUGAAACAUCACCAACAAAGACUCCUGCCAACUCUCCUGAAUAUUCACCGGAAAGCUCUCCGGAACCUUUACCAAUCAACUCUGCUGAACAGUCACCAACCGAAUCUCCGCAGGCCAUUUCGGAACUAACUCCCGAUCUUUCACUGCCACCGCCCCCUCGUGCAGUGAAAAUAAUACCAUACCGUUCGGAUCUGCAACAACAACCGCCGUCAGCUCCUCCGCCGCAAAAUGAUAAUGGAGGAUUCCUCACAAACGUCUUAAUCGGCUUAGCCAUUGUCCACGUCUUUGGCAUUGGUUUUGGAGUGGGGUGGUUCUCACACGUCACAUAUCAGAAGCUGAAUUAAGUUUACAACUUGUGGCAAAUUUUUUAGUUUAAUUUCAGACCAAUAGAGUUGAAUAUGAUUUGUUUGUUGGCAUUACCACAUCUAUGUAGUGUAGAUAUAAACGAUAUAUGAUAGACAUAGAUACAGUUCCUUUGAUUUUCACACAAUAUAUGAUACUACAUUUGUUUUUAAAUAAGUGACAUUUGUUCUUA